UUAUCUUGUAGGCUGUUUGCUGAAAUCCUACCCGACUAGUCAACUCACCUUCCUAUCCCUGGCGUCUCCUUGAUUUUCCCUUUUUAAUCUUUUCGGCAACUAAUCCUUCGCUCAUCAUUACACUCUUGUGACCUUUCUCGCGUCUUUUGCAAAUUAAUUUUCCUCCUUUUUUUUUUUUUUGUAAGCGCUCUUCUGCAGAGACCGCGUGUAGCGCAUUAAAAAAAAAAGGGGGGUCAGUGGGACUUGUAUUUCUUCAUCUCAGUCUCGCUGUUGGCACAAAAGACUUGCAUUAAAACGACAUUGGUGUGCAGAUCUGUGGGGGGUUUAACGGGGAGAUACUGUUGCAGCUGUAGGUUUGUUUUUUAUUAACACCGAGCACUUUGAAGAGCGCCAUGGCGACUCAAGUGGAUGCGUGGUCUACCGCUGUGCAAGCCGAAGGGAUACUUCCCUCAGAGGACAACCGGGCAGCGGUCAGCUCUCCCUACAGCGACGACGAGGCGCUGAAUGAGGCCGAGGUCAACGGCAACUGGACGCCCCAGGAGAAGGCUCUCCACGAGGCGCGCCUCAAAGCCAAAGCCAAGCGUCGCCUGCGGCGGUCCUCGUCCCGCAACUCCACCAGCGACUCCUUCUCCGAGUCCAAGGACUCGGCCGGAGGAGACCCCAACAGUCCGAAGGGCAAAGUUAACACCAACGACCGCAAAUCCAGGACGGGCAAAGGCAGAGGGCUGCCGAAAAAAGGCGGAGCAGGUGGUAAAGGAGUCUGGGGGGCUGCCGGGAUGGUUUAUGAAGACGAGGAGCCAGAUAUUCAGGACCCCAACUAUGACGAAUCCGCCCAGGGGGACACCGUUUAUGAGAAAAUUGUUCCAGAGGUUGAUGAGAAAGAAAUGGAGAAAAUGGUCAACCCAAUCGUCCAGGAGUACUUUGAACACGGAGACACAAAGGAGGUCCAGAUGUUGCUGAAGGAGCUCAACCUGGGCUCCCAUAAGUACGAGGUCUCCUCUUUGGCUGUGUCCUUGUCACUUGAAGGCAAGGCCAGCCAUAGAGAGCUGACUUCCCGCCUGCUGUCGGAUCUGUCGGGGAAGAUGCUGUCCCAAGGCGAGAUGGGGCGCGCUUUCGACAAAAUGCUCAAAGACCUGCCAGACCUCAUACUGGACACACCGGACGCGCCGCAGAUGUUAGGCCAGUUUAUAGCCAGAGCCAUAGCGGACCACGUGCUGCCCAUGAACUUCCUGGAUUGUUAUAAAGGCAAAGUAGACUGUGAUCAUGCCAGAGUGGCUUUGGACCGCGCUGCCGUGCUGCUCUCCAUGAAGAGGGAGAUGGUUCGUUUAGAUAACGUCUGGGGUGUCGGCGGAGGUCUGAGACCCGUCAAACACCUCGUCAAAGAGAUGAACCUCCUGCUCAAAGAGUACCUGAUAUCGGGAGACGUGUCGGAGGCAGAGCACUGUCUUCGGGACCUGGAGGUUCCCCACUUCCACCACGAGCUGGUCUAUGAGGCUAUCGUGAUGGUGCUGGAGUCGACAGGAGACACUGCCAGUCACAUGAUGAUGAAACUUCUGCAGUCCCUCUGGAAAACAGGUCUCAUCACUGUGGAUCAGAUGAACAGGGGUUUCCAGCGCGUCUAUGAUGAGCUCCCUGAAAUCAGCCUGGAUGCGCCACAUGCCCACACCAUCAUGGAGACCUUUGUGGAUCUCUGCUUCCAGGAAUCUGUCAUCACCAAACAGCUGAGGGAUACCUGUCCCUCCAGAGGGCGCAAGCGUUUCGUAAGUGAAGGAGACGGCGGGCUGAUCAAGAACUGAUGCACAAGAUGAGGAUGAAGAUGAUGAAGAGGAGGGGUGUCUACUGGUUCAUUGACCCUGUUUCUGCCUCCACACGUUUCGCCCGAAAGUGGGGGCAUGUUCCUCUCCUGAUAAUGUCGUUACACAAACCAGCAUUCACGUUCAGUGAGAGUCAGCUGAAGAGUGGCCUGGACGUUCAGUUCCCUUCAUCUAGUUAAUCACUGUUUUUGACAAUUUUUGAAGAAUAUUCUGUUUCUGGGGUUGACAUGACCCUUUUGCCUCAGUCUUUGUACCAGUUAAGAAUAAUUCAUGUGAGAGCUGCAGGGAGACAUUUCGACUGGCUGGGGUUUUUUUGUUUUUGUUUGGGGAGAUAAUUAUUUUCUUUUUCUGUUUUUUUUUCUUCUAUUUUUUUGGGAGGGGGGGGCAUUUUCUUUGCAGAAGCCUUUGCCAUGUCUUUUUUUUAUUAUUUUAAUUUUCUCCCCAGACAGUGCACUAUAAAUGGAGGGGGAAACAAAAAUCACUUAGAGGACAGUUCAUACUGUACAGUGAGGGAGCACUUGGUAACUUUUGCUCAACAUCAAGGAUCUAAACCUUUUCUUUUUCUUUUGUUAUUUGAAAGUUUUAAGAACAUCUUCUUUUUUUAUGUUCUUUUUCAAGUCGUUCUAUUGAUCCUUGAUGAACAGUGGACUUUAUUUCUUUGUUUUUCUUGGAAACUUGGUCACUGAGGCCGAGUGUUUACUUUGUAAAGCAGCAGUCAAAGCAAGAGGUGUCUGGUCACGCUUUGGGCUUUUAUUUUAAAGUUGCAUUUGAAAAAAAUACAUAGUUCAGAAACCAUUUCUGAAAAUAAAAAAAAUGUGUGCUGAUGUGGGGGUUCAUGAUAAUUGUGUCAUAAUAAAAAAAAAAAAAGGAGGAAAAAAAGCAAUAUUUUCAACCCUGUUUUGCUUGCAGUUACCAAAUACAUCUACAGCCAUAUGGUGAGCAGAUGACUCUGAACAGGUAACUUUAAAUGAUAAUAUUGAAAGACUUGAUAUAGAGAGCAUCUGAAAAUUGUCUUUAAACCAACUUGGAAUUUGUUUCAUGCCUGAUUUAAUCUGAUUCCAGCAGUUUAAUACCUUGGAAAACAGUUUGUCAACGAGACUUUUCUAUCCCUGUCCAACAGUUUUCAUGUUGUGCAAAGUUUAUGCAAAAGAUUUCAUUUCUUUCAUUCAAUAAAAAGGCAACAAAAUGAA